GCUUUCUGCUUUCCUGAGUCCAGCAGUGGACCAGAGGCAGCAAGAAGAGAGGGGGUGGAAGAAAGCACUUGAAGAGGACUGAACGUUUGCACCGGUUCUGUGAGCUGCUUUGGUGGUGAAAGGAACUUGCUGAGCCAGAAAGAUGCGUGAGUAUACGGAGAAGAAGGAGACCUGUGGGACCAUCUGUCUCAAGUACCUGCUCUUCAUCUUCAACUUCUUUUUCUGGCUGGCUGGUGGGGCCGUGAUGGCAGUGGGCACCUGGACCCUAGCUGAGAAGAGUGACUACAUCAGCCUGCUCUCCUCCAGCACCUAUUCAGCCACUGCUUAUAUUCUGGUGGUGGCUGGGGUGGUUGUCAUGGUUACCGGCAUCCUUGGUUGCUGUGCCACCUUCAAAGAACGUCGGAAUUUGCUAAGAGUGUACUUCAUAUUGUUGCUGUGCAUCUUUCUCCUGGAAAUUAUUGCUGGAAUCCUGGCCUAUAUCUACUACCAACAGCUGAGCAUGGAGCUGAAGCAAAAUUUGAAGAACACCAUGACCCAGAAGUACCGGAAGGAGGGAGAAGAGAGUGUUACCAGUGCGGUAGACAAACUGCAGCAGGAGUUCAAGUGCUGUGGGAGCAACAACUACACCGACUGGGCUGACAGCCUGUGGAUCAGAUCCCCAGAGGCCAGUGGACGGAAAGUCCCAGACAGCUGCUGUAAGACGAUAACCGACCUGUGUGGCCGAAGAGACCAUCCUUCCAACAUCUACAAGGAGAGCGGUUGCAUUACCAAGCUGGAAAACUUCAUUCAAGAGCAUCUAAAAAUUAUCGGGGCAGUGGGGAUCAGCAUUGCUUGCGUGCAGAUCUUUGGGAUGAUUUUCACCUGCUGCUUGUACAAGAGUUUAAAGCCAGAACCAUAUUAAUAGCUGCAGGAACGCUGUUGCUCCCCCUCUGCCACUUCCCUUAGCGCCUGCCAGCCCGACCGCUCUCCACCACCGCCACAGAAGUGUCUGUAACCCGAGGACUUGGCUCUGCAAUUAAAUACCUCUCAAACCAUGCACCGCCUUACCUGCCCCCACAGGGGAAAGUCACCCUCCUUGUGCACGAGCCAGCCAUCGUUGUCAAGAAACAAAAGAGCUGUGGAUCUUCCGCUAGAAGCUUUAGCGAAACAGUAAUCCUUGAUGUAACUACGGAGCAAGGUUCAUCCAGGGCCAUUUCUCUUGAGGCUUUUCCUGAGCCAACGUGAAGGUAUCGGGAUGCU